GACAUCCAAUGGUGGCGGUGAAUGAAUUGGAGAUGCAAGGCUCUGCCCAUUGGGACGAUGUCCAUAAUGCUCAUCUUCCUUACAGUCGAAAGCUCCACUACCCCCGAGGUCAAGGAUAUCAAGCAGGGAUGGUACAAGAGGAAAGAGGACCGUCGCAUGUCCCCGAGGGGAGUCAUAUCGAGACCAUCUUGCAGGAACACCAUUACCCUUGUCACGGUUACCCUCUGCAACAAACAGAGUUCAUCUUCGCCGGACAGGUGGAACACACGGGACACUUUACUCUAGCGAGUGCUUUCUUCACUCUUAUUGGUAUCUUCUCUUACACCAUAGACAUCGGCACUGACAUCGCUGUUUGCUACUUCUUACACCUAGAAGGAAACAGCUGGUGGUUCGGACUGACCCUAGCGGUCACUGCUAUCCCAGCCCUUACUGUCAACGCCUUCAGUCUCCGCUGGUAUAUGCACGACCAAGAGGAGAGCAAGACCCAUUCAUCAAGUGUCCAUCGGCCUAAGAUGUCCAAAGUAGACUGGGCAAUUCGUUUAUUCUUCCAUCUGAUUCUCUUAGGGCCUGUUAUCAGAACAAAGCCACGUUGGGCUGUCUGCUGUGUCCACCGCGGAUAA